GAGUUUGUUACAGAUACUUAUGGAUGAAGAUAAAUAAGAAAUGUGAGAAAAUAAAUUAUUAUUUAAUUUAUAUGUUAUAUUGAAUUUUUUUAAUUCGUUCGUAUAGUUUAUUUCAGGAACUAUUUAGUUUUCAACGGAACACAAUGAAGAAAAUGUGUUAUUUUAUUAUAUUUUGAUCUCUAGAUAUUUGACUGGAAAUAAAAAUUAUACAGCAUAAUUUUAAGAUGCUACACGGAUGAUGUUUUAACAUUGAUGAAACAAAAUAUGUAUAUAAUUUAAUGCAUGGAUAAUUAAUUGUGUGUAAUAAUGUGUAUUAAUUAAUUGUGUGUUAAUCUGUGCUAAUUAAUUAUAUAGAAGAAUGUAAUAUAAAAAUGUACGAGGAUAAACUGUGAUCGUGGUGAAGAAGAAGAAGAAGAAGAGGACCGAACAUGAGGGGAUCAGGGCAAACGUUGGCUCUUUGGUCCGCUUUGGCGACGUUCUUGGCACUGUUUGGUCACCUUCAUUUUGCUGCAGGAUGCCAGUUCUUUCCGAUAGGGGAGUACUUGAAAUUCGUCAGGGUGCCGGAAAAUCUUCCAAGAGGCACGGAGAUCUUAUCGUUAGAAGCUCACCCGAGAAGUCAUAUCUCGAUAAUGCCGGUGGACAAAGAUGAAGACGCCCGUUUCUUCGCCUACAAGGAGACGAACAAGACACACGUCUCUCUGAUGCUGGCUCAGUCCCUCGAGGACCUGGUGGACACGGAGGUGCCUAGAAAUCUGCUCAAGUUCCGCGUGGUCUGCGAUUAUUCGGACGGCGGCGAUUCUCUGGUUACGUCGCACCUGUCGGUGACGGUCUACGUGGAAGACAUAAACGAUCAUGCCCCGCAAUUUGUCGAUGCGCCUUAUCACGUAACCGUGGACGAGCUUACUCCAGUCGGCGUGACGAUAUUUCGAGGGAUACACGCAGUGGACGGAGACAAACCGAACACGCCGAACAGCGACGUGCAUUAUGCGAUAGUGAAAGGCAACGAGGAAGGCAAAUUUUCGCUCGAAUCCGGCCACAGAACCGCUCUCAUACUCCGCGAGCCGGUGGACUACGACAACGGCGACCGCGAGUUCACGUUGAUCGUCGCAGCCACGGAUCGUGGGGCGCCGGCCAGGACCACCAACACAACAGUGAGGAUAACGAUAUUGGACAACGACGAUCUCGAUCCGAAAUUCACCAGAGACGUGUACAAAGCGAAGAUUUACGAGUUCUAUCCGAUGCCGGAGCAGCCGAUCUUCGUCCGGAUCAACUUCUCCACGCCGAUCCAAGCGACCGACUGCGACCGCGACAUAGACACGGCCAUCCGCUACGACAUUGCGUCGGGGAACGAGCGAGGUUUCUUCCACCUGGACCCGAAGAACGGCACCCUUUACCUGAAGCGUGCCAUCGACCUGGACGCCGAGCGAAACUUGCCCUCGAACACGUUCGCCCUGCAGAUCCACGCCUCCCAAGUGGACAACCCCCUCAGAUCGGGCGUGGCUAGGGUCGAGGUCGAGGUGCUCGAUCUGAACGACAACCUGCCCGAGUUCGAGGUGGACCUGUACAACAUCAGCAUCGUGGAGAAUUUGCCGAACGGGUUCAGCGUGCUCCAGGUGAUAGCCCGCGACAGGGAUCAGGGGGAGAACGGCCAGUUCGACUACGAGCUGGUGGACCCGUCGGGCGCGUUCUCGGUGGACGCGAGAACCGGCUGGUUGACCGUGAGGGACCAGUCGGUCCUCGACAGGGAAAGGAGGGAUCGGUUGAGGAUGAGGGUGGUCGCCGUCGAGAGAAGGCCGAGCGUGGUCCCUCGAAACGGCUCCUCCUCGGUGGACGUCGACGUGACGCUGCUCGACGCGAACGACAACAACCCGAUCUUCGUGCCCGGAAAUCUGUACGAGUUGGUCGCGAGGAGCGACUCGAAGGUGGGCACGGUGCUCGGCCAGGUGCACGCGGUCGACGACGACCUGGGCCCCAACGGGAUGGUCAGGUACAGGCUGCAGAAGCCGGGCAACUCGACCGCGAGGACGCCUCCGUUCACGGUGGACGAGGCCACGGGCACGAUCGCGGUGUCCGAGAGCCCGAUUCUCGAGGGGAGGCACGCGAUCUUCGUCGAGGCUGCCGACCAACCGGCCAACCCGAGCGAGAGGAGGCUCUCCCUCGCCGUGGUCACCGUGGAUGUGUUCAGAUCGGAUGGGCCGGAAUCGUUGGAGCCGGAUUUCGUGGGCGCCCCUUACGAAUUUUGGGUGGGUGCCAACGUGCCGGUCGGCACCAGCGUCGGCCAAAUACGCUUGAACGACGCCGUGAAGACCAACGACCUGAUCUACGACCUCUUGCACAGCUACGAGGAGGGUGUGCCGUUCGCGGUGGAGGAACGCUCGGGUACGAUCACGGUGGUCGAGGAAAUCGAAAGAUUCGACCGAUCGAUCUACGAUUUCGAGGCAAUAGUUACCGACGAACGGGAUCUGAUGCUGAUCACCAACGUGUCCAUCCACGUGGUCGAUCCUAAUGACGAGCGAGGCAUAUUCACCAGGGGAACGACCACCGCCCCACUGGUGUUCCACGCGAGAGAGAACAUGGCUGGCGCGUACAUCGGCCAAAUACUUCCGCAGAAUGGGACUGGCUCGGCCACGCCAGCCACUCGCUUCUUUAUCGUCAAUCAGCAGGAUGUGCCCGACAUCUCGAUCACGGAGGAUGGCGCCCUGUACGCGCCCAAGGGCCUCGACCGUGAGACCAGGCAGAAUUACAGCAUCACGGUGAUUGCGGAGAGCCCGCGAGGCGUUGGCGUUUUCCAAGUAAGCGUGAUCGUUCUUGAUGAAAACGAUCAUGCGCCAGAAUUCACGUCCCCGUUAUACGAAGGGCGAAUCACGGAGAACAGUCCACCCGGAACGAAAGUGAACUUAUCGAUUCCCAUUACGGCUACCGACAAAGACGAGGGUAUCAAUCAGAACUUUGUCUUCACUCUUCACGGCGAGGGAAGCGAGUUGUUUAGAAUCCAUCCAACCACGGGUUUGGUGUACUUCGAAGGAAUCGAUGAUCGUACGUUGGACAGAGAGGCGAGAGCAAACUAUAGUUUCACCAUCGUUGCUAAAGACAAUGGCGGUCUAACCUCCGAAGCGAGCCUGAGGAUAACGGUGACCGACGUGAACGACAAUUCUCCCGUUUUUAUCCGCAUGAUCGUGCUCCCGGAGCAGGGUGUUCGCGUCUCGAACGAGGCCGAUACCGAGGCGUCGAUCGAAGGGAACGACGUGCCUGAUACGGACGACACCGGGACAGGAAAUCAACCACCGAGCGCCCGUCGCUCGCCCCUUCUUCUCGUGCCGGAAAACGCGACGAUCGGGGCGCCGAUAAUACGACUCCUCGCCGAGGACAAGGACGAGGGAACGAACGCGGCGAUAACGUACAGCCUGGUGAACGAGACGGUUUCCGGCGACGACGUUGAAUCGCGACUCGAGGCCGGCAACCGUAGAUACUUCCAUCUGGAUCCGAGGUCGGCCGAGAUAUCGGUGGCCAGGGGACUGAUCGCCGAAAGCGAUGUACGUUUCCUAGCCCUGGCCAAAGAUCCCGGGGGACUGUUGGACAAUAUUACCAUCAGGAUUCACGUGGUCGACGUGAACGAUCAUCCCCCUAGCUUCGACAAAUCUUGGUACACGUUCGACGUAGCCGAGGGCACUUACAAAGGGUACACUUUGGGCACCGUUCGAGCCGUGGACGCGGAUCACGGAGGGAACGCGAACGUCACUUACGAGUUGACGACGAAACAAGAUUCGAGCAGGCUUGGAAACGUGUCCAGGAUCUUCGAGGUCGGCUCUAGGGAGGGGAUAAUCAGGGUGACGGGUACCCUCGACAGGGAGACCGUACCUGUUCACCGCCUCCUUGUCACGGCUCGAGACAACGGCGUCCCGAGAUUGAGCUCCACCGUCGAGGUGGAGGUGAACGUGUUGGACGUAAACGACAAUCCACCCGUGUUCCACGAUUACGACGAGAUCGAGAGGGACGAAAACGGAGAUCCCCUCCCCGUCUACCAUGCCUCCGUCCUCGAGAACAGCCCUAUAGGCAGCCGAGUGAUCAGGGUGUGCGCCAACGACUCUGACUUUGCCGGGAACGGGAACGGUCUGAUCCUGUUCGACCUGAAUCAUCCGGGGAAGGUGGAGAAGCAGUGGUUCGCCAUCGACAGCAAGGAAGGCGUGAUCACGGUUAUCGGUAAUUUGGAUUACGAGAGGCAAAGAAGCCACAGAUUACUGGUAACCGCUAGCGAUCUGGGGUCUCCUGUCAGCCUCACGUCAACGGCGGCGGUGAUCGUCGCCGUGUCGAACGAGGACGAGGGCGAGGAAGAGACGGAGACUGAGAGGGCACCCUCGUUCAAACACCGUUACUACGAAGUGGAGGUCGAGGAGAACGUGGAGGUGCCCGUGUUGGUCGCCCGGUUGGAGCUGGCCGACGAUCGCGCAUGGGACGAGCACGUACGGUACAGCAUCGUUGCGGAUGAGACGAAGGCGCGACAACUCUUCUCCGUCGACCCGAGGAACGGCUCGUUGUAUCUGACGACGGGCGUGGAUCGGGAGGUGAACGAUCGAUACGAGGCUAAGGUGAGGGUGGACAGGGUGAAGAUCGGCAGAGGGAUGCCGGUCAUGAUUUACCCGGUGGUCGGCGAAAGGCUGAACGGUUUGGCCCCUAACGAGGCCAGAGUCGUGGUCAGGGUGAAGGACGUGAACGACAACGCGCCCAGAUUCAAGUCGAAGGGCCGCCCCAUCCUGGCCGCCAUACCGACUACCGCCCAUUACGGGUACGAGGUCGUCAAAGUGGAGGCGGAAGACCCGGACGAGGGAGCAAACGCCGAGAUCCGGUAUCAAAUUCUCGGGCGGGAGGACGCGCCACGAUUCGCCAUUGACCCACUGAGCGGUCAAGUACGAUCUGUGGCGAGUUUCGGCCGUGAUGCUGGACGCGUUUUCGGGUUCGACGUCAAGGCCACCGACAGAAGAGGAGCUGAGAACGGUCGCAGCAGCAUCGCCAACGUUUUUGUGUACAUCCUGGAUGAUCAGAAGCAAGUGGUGAUGGUGGUUGGUCGAAGACCGAUGGACGUUGAGCCGCAACUUGAGAAUAUCACCGCGGUAUUGCACAACGUGACGGGUUUCGACGUUCGAGUGAGGAAACUAGAGCCACACAUUGAAAAAAAUUUGAUCGACGCAACGUCCACCGACGUUUAUCUUUACGCAAUCGAUCCUCAUUUAAACGUUAUGAUAGACAUGGAUACGUUGCACAACGUGUUCAACACAAAGAAAACGGAAAUCAAGCGGGAGUUGGACGAGUACGGUGUCCUGGACAUUGCCGGAAGCUCUCCUCGUCAGGGUAAUCAACGUUACCUGCUAUCCACUUUGGAAGUGGCUGUGGUGAUGCUCGGCUGUGUCAUCUUUGUGGGCGCCCUCGUCACCGCCCUUUGUAUCACGUGCGUUCGCAGAAGCAAACGUCGCAGACGUCGAGAGAAAGCGAUGUUCUCGACCACCAGCCCGAUUGGUUUCGCUUUGGCAGAUCCAUCGGCGACCCUCCAGAAGCCGCCGUUGUUCCCGACCUUUGUCGACGGCCUUCACUACGACCCUGAACCGUUCUGCGCCGACAUACCGAGACGGCACAGCAUCUGCGAGCACGGAUCUAAUUGCGCCCGUUUCCACGCCGGCUACGAGGACUCUUUAAAGUCCCUGCAGCGGCGCGAAAGAGGAAACGAGAUCUCUCGCGGGAUCCACGACACCUCGACGACGACGACGACGAGCAUGGUGGUGGGGAGACGAGGGGCCCAAACAACCAGGAGGCGGCAGCGAUACAACUCGUUCUCGAACGGUGAAUCGAUGUACUCCCACGAGAUGACGUUGCAGAGGGAGAAACGUUGCUGCAACGUCGCUGGGACCGAGAAGAGGCGGAAGAACGAUGGAGGGGUGGCGCGCGAGCAUCGGCGCGCGCAUUCGGAAGCUGAGAACAAUAUCACCGAGACUGUGAUACACGAGCAUCCUGGAACCGAGAUCUCGUUGUCCAGCUCUUUGCAGAACGCCUCCCCUCUUCACGGUGUAACAAGAUCCACCCACAUGCUGUAUUAACGACAACGAAUCUUAUUUAAGAGAGAAACUUUCAAUGGGGAACAAGGAUUCUUCCUAGCCAUGAGUUUUUCUUAUUGUCCGUACAAUUAUCUUACCGUAGGGUAGAUACACAAUUUUCCCUUUUAACUUUAUCAGUGUGAGGAUAUUUCUUCAUUCAACACGUAGGCUUAAGUUGGAAAGCAGGCCGAAAGAUUCGUCUUACAUUAAUCAUGAUAAUAAAUUUGCAAAAUCUGUUUGUCAACGAUAGAUACGAGCAAGAUUUCAAGAUUCCAUCCUUUAUCUUUCAAAGAAACGCAAAUUAUCGUAAGAAAGAGAAGAUAUUUCGAAUUUUUCAAAAUUCCGUUUUAUUUCAACCAAGCAGAACAGAGAGUUGUAAUUUCUUGUUGAAGAAAUAUCCUUUCCAGAAGAAAGCGAGUUACUUUUCUUUUCUCGCGUGAAAAUUUCCGCAAAUUGUGUCAUCAUCUCGUUACCAAAAUACUCGUCGUUCGUUCGUGUAAAUAUUCUCUAUCGAGAUCUAUCUUUAUUAUUAUUAUUAUUAUUAUUUCUUAUUUCUCUACGUUUAUGUUAUUUAUGAAUGUAAGAAUAUUCUCUUCUACAAAUGUAAAAAUGUUUCGUGUACAGUAGAUAUACGUUUCACUUGUUGGAAACAUGGCGUCGAAUAUCCAAGAACGUACAAUUAUCGCUGGAAAUUAUAUAUGCAUAAGUAUUUAUUUUAUUACGAUAACUUUAUGGUAUAUAAACAUCUAAGCUUAGAAUUCCUUUAAAGAAUUGUUAUUAUAUUGUUGAUAAAAUAAUUUUUACCUUGUGUAUAUAGAUUUGCAGACGAAAUAAAAGUUGGAUAUUUUAUUUCAAUGUGAUUAAAUUUUAAAUUAAAUUCAAACAUGUUAUAUUCACGUUGAAUCGUCAAUUCUGGAAUGCUCGAUUGUAAUGUAUCGAAUUUGGAUCGAGCUGAUACGAAAAAUUAUAAGUAACGUAAGUUUUCGGAAAUCGAAUCGUUCCACGUCCAUUCAUAAAAAUAAUUCGAAAGCUAACUUUCCAACGAGUUCGCUACGUUUAAUACAACUAGACUGUAAAAGAAUGUGUAUCAUAUGUAUGUAACAAUAAUGUAUAAUUUAUAUCGUGAUCGUGAAAUUGGUCACCAAGGAAAAUAACUGUUUUAUAAAUCGUUAAUAAAGGCAAUUAUCGUAAAA